CUAUCUAAAAAACGAGUCGACCCUGAUUUGCGUAUACAUCACAUCUAACCUGCAACACUCUUUUUUAGGCGAAAGUUGAUUCCACGCCCAAGGAGACAUUGAUACAGUCUGCAUCCUUACAGAUUCAGUAUAAAAUUGUGAGCAUUUGUUCGAAUCAUUAUCAGUUUUGUAAAAUAGACCGAACAACAAACAACAAUGGCUUUUAAAAUUGUAAUUCUUGCCGCCACUUUGGCUUUCGCCAACGCCGGAUUUAUCGGUCAACAAGAUACUUUGGCCUACGGUGCCCCAGCCUACGCUGCCUACUCUGCCCCAGCAUACGCUGCCUACUCAGCCCCAGCUGUUGUAUCAAAAUCUGUCAGCUCUACCUACCAAAGCCAUCCAUCCCCAGUCGCCACCUAUGCCGCUGCCGCCCCAAUUGUAUCUAAAUCUUAUGCUGCUCCUUCUGUAAUCUCCAGCUAUACCGCACCAGCCGUAAGCGCAUACGCUGCUCCAGCAUACUCUACUUACUCAGCUCCAGCCUAUGCUGGCUACUCUGCACCAGCUGUACAAUACUCUGCCCCAGCUGUUCAAUACUCUGCUCCAGCUGUCCAAUACUCUAGUCCUCUUGUAGCCAAGACCUACGCAGCUCCAGUUGUAGCUUCCUACUCUACUCCAUCUCUAUCCAAAUCUGUUGUAUCUACCUACACCGCACACUCUUCUCCAGCCGUAGUAUCUUCUUACUCUGCACCAAUUGUAGCUAAAGCUGCCCCAGUAGCUUAUGCUGCCGCUCCAGCGUUGUCCUACGCUGCACCAGCCUAUGGUUACUCCGCUCCAGUUGUAGCUAAGACCAUUGCCCAGCCUUUGGUAUCCAGCUAUGGCGCCCCAGCUUGGUAAACGAGAUUAGAAUAAAUUAAUUUAUUGUGAAAAUAUAAUUAUGCUACUUCAACUGCCAUUGUGUAAAUAGAUUUGAGUACAAUUAUAAAAAUGUUAAAAGUUGAUGUUGCUUUUUAUAAUAACCU